UCUGCUCGUGUGAAGACGUUCUACCUAAAAGUGACCCAGUGAUACUAACCAUGGCUGAAGAGUUGAUCUACCGCCAGUAUUUCUACAACUACCAUCAACACCAACAGUUCCAUCAUCCCCAAACGAUGGACUACACUCCUCCCUCGAGCAGUCCGGAGUUUGUCCCAUCGACGCUAAGCUUCGUUCCGGAGUCCUUUGAUCUGCCUCAGUACAACAGUGAUAACGAGUGGAUGACCGCCAGCCCCGGAAGCAGUGGAUCUCCCAGUCCGUCCAUCGACUACAGCCUCACCUGUCAAAGCAUGGCAUCCUUUGACGCAAAAGCGAAACCUUCUCCCUCGAGCCGACCAAUCUCCAACUCGGCCAAGGUUCUCAGCCAGAUCGAGCAACUGUUCGAGGACAGCAGUGCGUCCGAUAGUGACCUGCUGGCCAACAGUGACAUCCCGACGAAGAUCAAGAUCAAGCGGGGUACGACGAUUCCGACGGUGAUCAAGCGGAAGCGACGUCUGGCGGCCAACGCGCGGGAGCGGAAGCGUAUGCGAGGGCUGAACGAGGCGUUCGAUCGGUUGAGGGAGCACCUUCCCGCAGGUGGGGACGAUCGGCAGUUGUCCAAGCAUGAAACCCUACAGAUGGCGCAGACCUAUAUUACGGCGUUGUGCGAGUUGCUGGUUUGAAGUGUGUGUGGGGGAGAGUGGAUUGGAAGUGGAAUCGUUACUGAGUUAGGCCAUAUACCUAUUAGGAUGUGAAUCAAGUCAUUAAGUUAAUUCCGUACGUAGUUUAUUGAUAGGUAAAUUGUCAGUAUUAUUGAUUAUUACAUUGAUAUUGAUUACAUGUUACAAAAAUAUGUAUAUUUUUAAUAAGUUCAAACAAAA